GAUAGUUUCUCUCUUAGCAGUGAAAGAUCAUCUGUAGAACGACAUGAGGGUUGAACGUCCGCUGGUGAUUCUGGCGGCGAUGUUGGCCAUGAUGUACAUGGCGGCGGCAGAUGGCCAUGGCGGUGGAGGCGGUGGAGGUGGAUAUGGUGGUGGCGGUGGAGGAGGUGGUGGAGGCGGUGCCAUGGAGGCGGUGGCCAUGGAGGCGGUGGAUUUGGUGGAUUCGGAGGUGGUGGAUUUGGCGGAGGCAGCGGCGGCGGCAGCGGUGGAUAUGGCGGAGGAAGUGGAGGCGGUGAUUUGGAGGUAGUGGAGGUGGAGGCCAUGGAGGCGGCGGAUUCGGAAGCGGUGGAUUUGGCGGAGGUAGCGGCGGCGGCGGCGGUGGAUACGGCGGAGGCAACGGAGGCGGAGGAGGUGGCAGUGUAGUUUCGGAAUUCUGUUGGCAGUGGAACUCUCUCGGGUGGAGGCGGUGGUGGUGGCGGCUACGGAGGUGGAAGCGGAGGCGGAUUUGGUGGAGGAAGCGGAGGCGGUUUUGGUGGAGGAAGCGGAGGUGGAUUUGGUGGAGGAAGUGGAGGUGGAUUUGGAGGACACGGAGGCGGCAGCAGUUCAGGCGGAUACGGAGGCUAAAAGGAGCUAACUGUUAUUUGGAAAUCAAUAAAUAUAUUUACAUUUUA